AUGGAGGGCUACGGUAAAUCCAUACUCAGUUGGGUUAAGAAUAACGUAGCAAAAGGUAUUGCCAUUAUGACUGAUCUUAAAGGUUUCGACCGCAUGUUCCGUUUGGAUGGAAAGGUUGCGCUGAUAACUGGAGGAUCCAGGGGACUUGGUCUACACACCGCGACCGCGUUUCUCCACGCAGGAGCGAAGAAGGUGUUCAUAACAGCGCGGAAAACAGAAGGCGCCGAAGGAAUUGAUCAAGCAGUCGAGAAGCUCAAUAGACUCGAUGGGGUGACGGGAGUCGCGGUUGGCGUUCCAGCGAACGUGUCGAACGAAGCAGAGAUCAUUCGGCUGGUAGAACAUGUAAAAAAGACUGAAGGAAAGCUCGAUAUACUGGUCGCAAAUGCCGGCGCGACAUGGGGAUCGAAGUUUGAGGAUGCGCCGGAUCACUCAAGUGCAAAGAUUUUGGAUUUGAAUGUUCGUGGUGUGUUCUUGCUGGCGCAAAAAUUUGCGCCGAUGUUGGAAGCAGCAGGAACACGACAAGACCCGUCAAGAAUAAUUAUUGUGAGCUCAACAGCGGGAAGUAAUGUUCCUCAUGUUGGCGAUAAUGGUACAAUUAUGUAUUCCGUGUCCAAAGCCGCGGCACAUCAUCUUGCUCGAAAUUUAGCAGUUGAACUUGGUCCAAGGAAUAUCACAACAAACACAGUAGCACCAGGAUUCUUUCCUAGUAAGCUGGCAGCUGGACUGAUCGACAAAUUGGGAGGAACAGCAGAAUUAGAAGAGGCAAACCCACGAAAGCGAUUGGGAGAACCCGAAGAUAUCGCAGGUGUGAUGGUAUAUCUUUGUACCCCAGCUGGAAGCUACAUAAAUGGUAAUGACAUAAAUGUUGAUGGCGGACAGAUUCUUUCAGCUGGACGACAUUCAAAAUUAUGA